UGAUGUGAUAAAUAAUUUCCUUGAAUGAGCAGGUAAAAUUCAGAACUAUUAGAAUCGUCGACCUUAAUGCUGAAGUGGAUAGCAGUGAUGCUCCUUAUUGGAGCAGCAGCGCUGAGCGAGGCGCAGUACGCACCAACGUGGGAGUCGCUGGACGCGCGGCCGCUGCCCGCCUGGUAUGGCGAGGCCAAGAUCGGCAUCUUCAUCCACUGGGGCGUCUUCUCGGUGCCUUCCUUCGGCUCUGAGUGGUUCUGGGCGUAUUGGCAAGGAUCUAAAGAUCCUGCCUACGUGGAGUUCAUGGAGAAAAACUACCGGCCUGGGUUCACGUACCAAGAUUUUGCUGCGAUGUUCACGGCAGAAUUUUACAACCCAGUUGACUGGGCGGACAUUUUCAACGCGUCUGGGGCCAAGUACGUCGUGUUGACCAGCAAGCACCACGAGGGCUACACCAACUGGCCCUCCAAAGUAUCCUGGAACUGGAACUCCAUGGACGUGGGCCCCAAGCGUGACUUGGUCGGGGAGCUGGCUGAAGCGAUUCGUGCAAAUCACUCGCACAUCCACUUCGGCUUGUACCACUCCUUGUACGAGUGGUACAAUCCACUCUACCUGAAAGACAGGAACAACAGCUUCCAGACCAACUAUUUUAUCGUGGAUAGGGCAGAAUGUCAGCUUUAA